CAGUCCCUUUACUUGGUGAAAUUUACAAAUAGAUUGAAACCUCGAAACAACCGCGAGCUUCGAGCUUGUCUUCAAUGGCGGCAUCUCCACCUCGCUGCUAUUCCCUCCCUCGCCCCCUUCUCCUGCGCCUUUCUUCUCCUAUCCGCGAAUCCCUAUCCCAGACCCCCUAUUCCCCGCCGGAGGGCUCCGCAGUCUCCGUCAAAUCGCUUCUUGAAGGUCUUCUUCGUCAUCGGGAUCAAGUUCCCGAAGAUGAAUUCCGGGUUGAGAUUAGGGAUUUCAUCUUAUGCUGCGCUGCAAUGGCGGCGUCGGAGGGAGUGGAGUCACCAGCGGUGUAUUGGGUUCCGGCGGAGCUGGCAAAAGCCGCGAGAUCGGCGUUGAGGGAGAUGGCGGUCGCUGUUGGAUUGAAUUCAGAGAGGGAGAUGGUGGCGGAGAUGAUACCGGAGGUGGUGGUGCAGUUGAAGGGGGUGAUUAAGGAGAGUUGUGUUGAUCCUGAGUCGGUAGAGGUGGCGGCGGCAUCGGCGAAGGCACCGGUUGCUUAUGCCGUCUUGGCGGCGCAUCAGUUCCGGUGGCUUGUGAACCAGAUAUUGUUUCCGAACUUGGGUAAGCUAAUAUGGUUGGUGAUCCCAUGUGCUUUGACUGCAUUGGAUCAUUGGUCGCCAGAAGUGAAGGAGCAGGGAAUGCUUACCUUUAUGCAUGUCGGAAAGAACGUUACUAUGGCUGAGUUAGGUUGGUAUGAAGAUGCAAUUCUUGAUGCUUGCUGUCGGAAUAUUGCUUCAAGUGAUGAGCUAUGGCAUUGUGUGGUUGAGGUGUCUGUGCUUAUGUUAACUUGUUUAGAGGGAAAGAAUCCUCGAAGCUCUUGGUUUGAGCAAAUUAUGAAUGAGAUGCUAGGUCAUUUAGAGCGUCAACCCAUGAAAAAAGACCGACGUGUUGCAUGGCUUCGCCUCAUUCAACCAGUAUUCAAUGCUAUGGGUCUUGUUCUGUUGGCACACUUCCGGAGGAUUUUCUCUUUGUUCUUUCAUUGGAUGCAUGCUGAUGAUGAUAAAACAAUACUUCUGGUGUUGGAACGACUUAAUGAUAUUAUCAAAUUAACAUGGAUCCGGAAAUCCCCUUAUUUUCAGAGACUGGUAGAUGAACUCAUUCUUCUUUACAAGGAAUCUGCAACCAAAAAAAGCCGAGAAAUUAUCCGCAAUGAAAUCAUGCAGACACUAAUAUUGCUUCAAAAGUGCCAGGGCUUGUGCUUCGAAUCAGCUUGGAACAAGCACAACGAUGAUCCCGACUUAACUGUGUUGACUUCCUCCUUUAGUAAUUUGGUUUGUAGUGGUCCAGAAUCAUGUACUUAAUCAAUGAUUGCUUGUUUCUGAUGUGCAAAUGCUCAUAGUUUGCUAAAACUGAUUACAUGUACAUAACCUUAUGAGUUUUUAAUUGAAUUUACUGCCAAUCUUUCUUUC